AGGAGAGGUCUUGCAUUCCCCCAUUGACUGUGCAACCAACUUCGGGCUUUCGGGAGUUUGGUUACCGAAAAUGGGGUUUGUUUAGUGUUAUCCUGCACACUGACUUCGUGAAUAAAGAAAAUCAUGGGAAGAAACUAAUAAAAAGUGGAUAAAGACGUUAACUGAACAACGUAAAGACAGAAGAGAAAGAAAGGAGAAUUCCGGCAGCACCAUCUGUAUCUGCCAGAAAGCAGAGAGAGGGAGCUUUAUUGGAAAUUCUCGAACCCCCAGCGGGACGCUCUAGCCCUGAGCUUCCAAAAGUUCCAAAGCCUUGGUAUGAAAUCAGCAAACUGAUGCAGACUUCUUCAACGUUUCAUUUAAGGUCGUAAGGCUGGCGGUCCGGUGCCGUCGCUGACCAGAGCGGAGCAGAGUGCUGAGAAGAGGACAGAGCCCCAAUGCCAGUGGACAUGCAACCUCAUCAGGGGCUGUGCCACUAUGACUCUACAACCAACCACCCGUCCAGAGGGCUCACUCCAUCAGGUAGAUCCCCCUACAGUGAUGUGUCGUCAAUGCGCGCUCAGCUCCACAACGGCCAGCUUCAGGAAUGCAGGAACAUGUACAGCCCCAUGACCCCUAACCCCAUGACACCAAACCCCAGGGUCAACCCCAACUCCGGGGUCAACCCAAUGGACCAGUUUAUGCGUCCCCCUUUGGUUCCCCCACCGCACAGCAUGAUGGGACAUCGCAACAUGAAUCAGUCCUCCGAAGGUGGGAUUAGCACCCCCUACUGUCACAACAACCUCAUGUCUUCUCACCACGGUUUCCCCCAUGGACAGGGAUCAGACCAUAUAGGAGAUGGCUCGCGCUUCUCCACACCUCGCUCCAUGCUGAAGCUUAGCAAGAAGCGUGCCUUGUCCAUCUCUCCACUGUCGGACGCCAGCGUGGAUCUCCAGACGGUCAUUAGAACCUCGCCGAACUCGCUGGUGGCUUUCGUGAACUCACGCUGUGGACCAGGCGGAGCCAGCUCCUACGGCCAUCUGUCUGUGGGCUCCAUGAGUCCAUCCCUAGGAUACUCUAACUACCAGUCCAGGCAGCAGAGCUCCAUGUAUGGAGGACACACCCCCUGCCACGCCCCACCGCCACGGCUGCCCCCCCACAACCCCCGCCUUCACACUCCGAAACACGGACACCUAAAGACCGAGCCAGUGUUGGGUAGUGUGAUGGAUGGGAUUAACAUUAAAAGUCUGGAUGAGAGGUCUGAUGGAGAUGUUGCUAGUCCUUCCUCGAUUGGUACACAGGAUCCACUCAUGGGUCUCCUUGACGGCAGGGAUGACCUAGACAAGGAGGAGAAACCGGAGCCGGAGGCGAUCUACGAGACCAACUGCCACUGGGAGAGCUGCAGCAAGGAGUUUGACACCCAGGAACAGUUAGUGCAUCACAUCAACAACGAGCACAUCCACGGUGAGAAGAAGGAGUUUGUGUGCCACUGGCAGGAGUGUUCCCGGGAGCAGCGGCCCUUCAAGGCCCAGUACAUGCUGGUGGUUCACAUGCGAAGGCACACAGGGGAGAAACCACAUCGGUGCACUUUUGAGGGCUGUAAUAAAGCCUACUCUCGUCUGGAGAACCUGAAGACACACCUGCGGUCCCACACGGGGGAGAAGCCAUACGUCUGUGAACAUGAGGGAUGUAACAAAGCCUUCUCCAACGCCUCAGACAGAGCCAAGCACCAGAACCGCACACACUCCAAUGAGAAGCCUUAUGUGUGUAAGAUCCUUGGAUGUACGAAACGCUACACAGACCCUAGUUCUCUGCGGAAGCAUGUGAAGACAGUCCACGGCCCUGAGGCUCACAUCACCAAGAAGCACAGAGGAGACACUGGGCCAAGGCCACCUGGCUCUUCACUAACCCCUAGUGGACAAUCUGGUGAACUGCUGCUGGAGAAGGAGGAGGCUGGAAGAAGAGGGGACUGUAAACUUUUGGUGCCUGAAUCUGCUCUUAAGUCUCAGCCUAGUCCGGGUGGGCAGUCGUCCUGCAGCAGUGAACGCUCUCCACUUGGUAGUGCCAACAACAAUGACAGUGGUGUGGAGAUGAACCUGAACGCCGCUGGCAGUCUGGAGGACCUGACUGCUCUGGAGGACGGUGGGGCUGGGGGGGGGGGAGGCGAGGCGACCAGAGGAGGGCCAGGCACCGCCGGGAUGGGGGGCAUGUCGGCUCAGGCCCUAAAGAGACUGGAGAACUUGAAGAUAGACAAGCUCAAACAGAUCAGACGGCCCACUCCACCUGGACACUGCUGUGGGACUAACAAGCUACCAGCACUCUCAGGCGGACAAGGUGAGAUGAUGGGAGGGAUGUGUGCUCCCUCGCCCCUCCUCUCCAACCGCCGUGUCAUGGAACUGUCCAAUCACGAGCUGGGAGGCGGACCCUCUGGCAUGUCCUGUCCUAUCAACGACCGGAGGGGGAGUGGCACUAGCAGCCUAAGUUCUGCAUACACAGUGAGCCGUCGGUCUUCCAUGGUCUCCCCCUACCUCUCCAGCCGGCGAUCAAGUGAGGUCUCCCAGUUAGGAGGAGUAGGAAAUGGAGGAGGGUUCCUAGGUCCUGACCAGGGAGGAGGUGACCCCCUCUCGCCUGAGACUAUUCGCCAAGGGGGGCCCUGCCAUGGUGUUGGAGGCGGAGGAGGGUUGCCAGGUUUGCCUAGUCUAACACCUGCUCAGCAGUACAGCUUGAAAGCAAAAUAUGCAGCAGCAACUGGUGGCCCACCCCCUACUCCGCUUCCUAAUAUGGAACAAGGAACAGGGACAACCGGGAGACGAGGUUUCCUCAGCGACUAUCAGGGUCAGCCAAUACCUGCAUUCCUGCAGCAGGGAGGUCCAAGGAGACACAGUGCCAACACGGGGGAUUAUGGCACCGGGGUCAUCUACCCCCACCAAGCCCCAGGAAAUGCCACUCGGCGUGCCAGCGACCCUGUUCGCUCCAGCGGAGACCAACAGGCCCUUCCUAAGGUGCAACGCUUCAACAGCUUAAACAACGUGGCCAUGAUGGGACGGAGGAACGCCCUGCAUCACUGCGGGUCGGACGCUAACAUAGCCCGCCACAUGUACUCGCCACGGCCACCCAGUAUCACAGAGAACGUCAUGAUGGAGGCCAUGGCGAUUGACUCCCACGGGGGAACCGCGGAUGCCAGGGACCACAGCAUGAUGCUUCCCCAGGGAGAGAGAGGCUUCCUUGGCUACCAGUCCCACCACAUGGGAGGUCCCUCCAGCCAAUUAUCACCCAACCACGCCAGCCUGGGAUGCCCAGAGCAGGGCUACCAGACCCAGGGACAGAUGUCCAUGCACGGUGGGCUCUACCAGGUCUCUUCCAGAGGACUGGGUCAGGCCCAGGUGGGUCAGGGGGGACCCAGCCACCCCGACGGGAUGUCCAACACCUUGUUACAACAGACGGAGUACAGUCUCAGUACGUGCCAGCUUAGUCCGUCCGGACCGAACUACUCCAAUGGCCCGGUUGGCGGCGCGGGGCCCUGGGGGGAGAUAAGUCAGGCACAGACCCCUCAUGUAGCUACUCAGACUGGGAUGCAAUAUCAGGACCCGGCCUCCAUGCAGGGCCCGACGCAGGGUCUCUACAGUAACCAACCGGGGCUGUACAGCCAAGGGCCUGCUGGCGAACACAAGGUGAACAUCAAACCAGAGCAGCAGCAGUACCACCCGGCCCUGGCCAAUCCGGACGCCUGCCAGAAACACCUUCACCAGCAGAAGCCUCACCCAGGGCAGACGCCCACAGCCGUGGGACACGUGUCGCCCCAGAGCGGCUACCCCCAGCCUAGUCAAACCCCCCAAGGCAUGAUGAGGACCGCCAACCCCAGCUGCGACUUCCUCAGAGGAGGCAUGGACAACCAAAAUCAGGCCCCUAUGCAGCAGGGUUCCUUCCCCCAAAGCGGUGGCAUCAGCCUUGGGUCGACUGGGUUGGGUCCCGGGGGUCGCUCCCAGACGCCCAUGAUGCAGGUGAAGGAGAUGAUGGUGAGGAACUACGUGCAGUCCCAGCAGGCUCUGAUGUGGGGUCAGGAGCCGGAGCAGAGGCCGGUCGGAACGGAUGGGAAACCUCUUCCUCUGUCAGACAGCAUGGACGUGACAGCCCAACAGGUGGCCGUGAUGCAGCAACAGCAAAGCAAUCACCAACACCAACAGAACCUCUACACCAACCCAGGUCCAAGCUACCCCGGCUACGCCAUCAACCAGAACCUGAUGAGCCCCCCAGCGCAUGGCCCCAGCUCAACCUCUUCCAUUCCGCCUAAAGACUUAGUCAUGAUGGGCCUGCCUGCAGGUCCAGCCCCCUGCUACAGCCAGGACAUGGUGGUCCCCGUGGUUCCCAGACCCCCACAGUCCCGGAAGCCCCUCAGCAGGCAGAAUAGUCUUCAGUCCCAAGGAGGCGGAGGGUACCUGGGUAGUCCUCCUCACCUCAGCCCCGUCCACUCCACCUCGAGCCCCAGGAGAGUGGUCCGUCUACCCCCGGUCCCGGUCCGUCAGACGCCUCACCAAGAGAUGUUCUCCCCCUCAAACAAUAACAACAACGUGUACUACUCCGGUCAGAUCUCCAUGCAGCACCCUGACAUAGACAAGCAGCAGAUCCAGCAGAUCAACCACCCUCUCCAGGACCCUACGCAGACCAGGCCCUGCCUCAACCAGCACCGGCCGCACAUGGUGACCCACAUGGACCAUCAGGGUAAUAAAUCGGCAUCCCUUGCAUACCCCAAUGAGUCCACACCAAUUUCCAAUGCUCUCGAGAACCUAGAUCUGGACAACGCCCAGAUAGACUUUACCUCCAUCAUCGAUGACCCAGAUCCCUCGUCGUUCAGCCCCGUCAACCCUCCUCUCCACGGGGGUUCGUCUCAGACCUCUUCCCGCCUCACCACCCCCCAGACGUCUAUCACCCUGCCCCCCACUGGGCUCUCCAACAUGGCUGUAGGUGACAUGACCUCCAUGUUGACCUCGCUAGCUGGAGAGAACAAGUACCUUAAUACACUAUCUUAGGACCGGAACAAUACUGUCCAGGACAAGUGCCGAACCAGAACUCACCAAGAGUGGCUAAGCUCCACGGCUAAGGAGAGUAGUUACCCAGAUGCACUCUCUAGCCUCAACUAAACUAAAUAGCUAACGAAACAGAUGUGGUUGAUUAGACAAGUACCUAAUCACUUUGUCCCAGAACAGGGGUAGGUUUUUACUUCAACCGAAUUGAAAAAACAGGUGUGUUUAAUUUAGUCAACCUCUAAACUGAACACUUGGAUCAGCUGGUCAGUUCAGUGAUUGACAGAAUUUGACGCCACUGGCCUUUCAGCAAAAUCCAGAAGACCCAGUGACUUUCUUGAUGUCCUAACCCCAUCCUAGAACAGGUGCAUAUGGAAGAACACAUGACUAGACUAUAAGGUCUUAGAUCAGUGGCUCUGGGUUAAAUAAUGCCUCCCUCUUUGGCUUUUCUCUCUUGGUCUUGCACACCCUAUUCCUAGCUACUCCUAGAGGCCUUCAACUUGAACCAACUGUGCCUAUUUAGAUCUUGACCCCAGAUACCAGUAUAGUGUAUCUGGUCUUCCUGCACCCAGAGACGAGGACAAUGGAGCUGCUCAGCAUCCGUGGCGCAGAACUGUUUCAAAAUAACUCACAGGACUUUUCAAGGAUGUGUUGUUUCCGUGAUGACGUCAACGGCCUAACUAGGAAAAUUUAAUUUCUCGGGCGACAGUCAUUCCAGUCACAUAGGUUUGAUAUGGCAAUAGUGUAGGCUGAGAGGGUACAAUGUAAAUAAGCUACACAUUUAUAUAUAUGCUGUGUACAUGACAACGCUGGCGGUGACAGGAAUCCACUGUGUCAUGGACUGCUUGGGGAGUUCUGAGCCCAACAGAUCCAAUUCUAGACCUGAGGUGAACAAUGCUGUUUCUGAGGAAGAAUGUUUAGUAAGAACAUUGUUUAGUGAAAAUUGCCUCAGUGCUUUGAAAAUAAUUCUUUAUUCCCAGGGACACAACAUUAUGAUCAUACAUGUUAUGAUAACGUUAGUUAUAUCAUAUCAGUAUUCAUUCAGAGGCCUUUAUGGAAUUAAUCUUCUUUCAUACUCUGAAUCUGUUGUAUGGUUAAGAGGCUUUGUGUUGAGACAGCAGGUUUGUUUGCACUCCAGACAUUACAUGUUUACUGUAGCUAAGUGUUUAUAAAGCAGCUUAUACAGUUACAGGAGUCAUAAAAUAACAACAUAAGAAAUUGCCUUUGUUAUGCUUGAGGAUAUAGAGGAAGAGAGCAAGUGGGAGAUAGAGAGAGGCAUAAGGGGAAAGGUACCACAUCAUUAAACGUUUUAUAUUGCAUGGUGCAAUAUCACAGAACUCUGCACAAUAAUGUGUAGUUUGCAGGAUCUUAAAUGCCUUCCACCAUCAUGAAACCUUAAGCAGAAUGUGUAAUGAAUCGUGUGUGCAUCAUCGAGGUACUUCGGAGUUUAUGCGACCUCCGAAUUGCUGAUAGACAGUCUAGUUUAUAGAAAUAGAAUUGCCUUGAUCAGCGGUAAAGUCAACAGCCUUGCUGUUAGCUCCAUCAUUGUGGAACCAGGGUUUGAUUUGCCCAGGGGUCCCAUUAGCCUGCGGUUGGCACCGUUGAGGUCUGGGGGGUUAGCCUUGACUCAUCGUGCUCUUUUGGCAGCUGAGCUUGGUCACAGUGAUUGACCAGAGAUUGCGUUCCUUCCGCAGCACAGGAAUUCCGGUCUAGACUUCUUGGUUGAGCGCGCAGCAUAACAUCCAGAACAGCAUUGAUGUGCUUAGGGUCUUCAUUGCGAAUUGGAUAUCAGGUAACCGCCUGACCAUGAAAUUAGGUAACUGCCUGACCAUUAUGCCACCGUAAACUAGAAUGGGGAAGUCAAUAGAUUGUCUUUCUAUAACAAAUGGGUCCGUGGCCAUGACCUGGAAAGGAAUCACACUAGCAACAUGCUUCAUAGCAUUGCACUGACUGUAGCAUUGUGUGGAUGUGGACGGGUCUCUCUCCUUGGCUUUGUGGCCUAGUCUAUCCUACAGGGAGAACGCCGGAGUGUCUUUGAUUUUAUGUAACCUUCACUUUGGAGGAUGAUGGAUCGGUAGUAUAAAUCUGUUUUGAAUGUUUUUUCUAGAUCACGUUUACAACCUGCUACAAUAGAUCCCUUCUGCCUGUACUUCAUUUCAGCAUUGGUGUCUUUUUUUAAUGCUGUUUUAUAUCACUAGUGCUUUGCUGUAGUUUUGUAUUACAGGAGUAGGGCCCAGAGUUACUAGUCAAGAUUAACUUCUGGUCCUUGCCAUGAGUAAGCAUUGACAAGCCCUUUAGUUAACAAGAAAACGGUGUAUGACUUACCAACCAAAGACGAUUUGAACUAACGAUAUUCAAGGAACAAAAAUGCACAAAUUUGUUUUAAAUAAUACUAAUAAUCGCAAUCACAGCUAUCAAGAUGUGAAUGGUUUGAUAGUGCUGUUACUUAGAAUGUAUGAAUUGUUUUGUAUAAAAGUAACAGGUUUUGGUUUGUAUAACAACUGCUUUUCCUGUCUUUGUUGUCUGUUUUGAUGUGUCUGUUUGCCUUUCAACCAGACGUUUUGCUGGCAAGAAGAAUAUGUUAAGCAACAUUGGCUAUAACAGUAGCAUUACUAUAUACACAACAGCCGGGUGAUAUAUUUUGUGUACAAUUUUCUACAUUUUUAUACAAAUGUACUAUAUUUUACCAGUUAAAAAAUAAACGUGUUCAGCU